AUGGCAAGGAGACCCUCCAACCUGAAAGAGUUGGAGCUCAUCGCUAAAGAUGAAUGGGCAAAAAUACCAGUGGAGAUGUGCAAAAAGCUGGUGGAACAGUCAAAGGUUCUGGUAAAGGAAGGAGGAGUGCAGCUUCUGCUCACUAUAGUUGACACCCCCGGCUUUGGUGAUGCUGUUGAUAACAGUAACUGCUGGCAGUCGGUCACAGAUUACAUCGACAGUAAAUUUGAGGAUUACCUCAAUGCAGAGUCGCGGGUCAACAGACGACAGAUGCCAGACAACAGAGUGCAGUGCUGCCUGUAUUUCAUUGCCCCGUCUGGACAUGGACUAAAGCCGCUUGAUAUUGAAUUUAUGAAAUGGUUACAUGAAAAAGUAAAUAUCAUUCCUCUCAUCGCCAAAGCAGACACAAUGACUCCUGAGGAGUGUCAGCAGUUCAAGAAACAGAUCAUGAAAGAAAUCCAGGAGCACAAAAUCAAAAUCUAUGAAUUCCCAGAGACAGACGACGAGGAGGAGAUGAGGAUGGUCAGGAAAAUCAAGGAUCAUUUACCCUUGGCUGUAGUUGGCAGUAACACUAUCAUCGAGGUCAAUGGAAAGCGAGUGCGUGGGAGGCAGUACCCUUGGGGUGUGGCUGAAGUGGAAAACGGAGAGCACUGUGACUUCACAAUUCUCCGGAACAUGCUGAUCAGGACCCACAUGCAGGACCUGAAAGAUGUAACAAAUAAUGUUCACUAUGAAAAUUACCGCAGCAAGAAACUAGCUGCAGUCACCUACAGUGGUGUGGAGAACAAUAAGAACAAGGGACAGCUUACCAAGAGUCCGCUAGCCCAAAUGGAGGAGGAGCGACGGGAGCACGAGGCCAAGAUGAAAAAGAUGGAACAAGAAAUGGAGCAAGUGUUUGAGAUGAAGGUGAAAGAAAAGCUCCAAAAGCUCAGAGACUCUGAGGCUGAGCUCCAGAGGCGUCAUGAGCAAAUGAAAAAGAACCUCGAGGCCCAGCACAAAGAAUUGGAAGAGAAGCGCCGCCAGCACGAGGAGGAAAAGGCCAGCUGGGAGGCCCAGCAGAGGAUUCUGGAACAGCAGAAACUAGAUGCCUCCAGGUAA